AUGGCUUCCCCAUCACCUCCCUUUCAUUCAGCAACAAUUCUAUGCAUAUAUUUUCUUCUACCCGUUUUCGCAGAGCUUCAGAGGUUCCAACAUCAACCAAAACAUGAUGGAUCCCUCAGCUUUCUAGUAGUUGGAGAUUGGGGUAGAAAAGGCCAAUAUAAUCAAUCCCUUGUUGCUACACAGAUGGGAAAGAUCGGAGAGACAGUUGAUUUAGAUUUUGUGGUAUCAACUGGAGACAAUUUCUACAACAGUGGGAUAAAAGGUGUAAAUGAUCCAAUCUUUGUACAGUCUUUUUCCAACAUUUACACUGCCAAGAGUCUCAGGAAGCAAUGGUACUCUGUUUUGGGAAACCAUGACUACAGAGGGAAUGCAUUGGCGCAAAUUAGUCCUAUCUUAAGGAAAAUUUAUAGAAGAUGGUUUUGCCUGAAAUCAUACAUUCUUAAUGCAGGAGUUGCUGAUAUUUUCUUCAUAGACACAACCCCGUUCAUCAACAAAUAUUUCAACAACUCAAAUCGUCAUUAUGAUUGGCGAGGUGUGCUUCCGAGGGAAAAAUAUCUCAAAAACCUUCUCAAGGGUCUUGAAGAAGGAUUGGAGAAAUCAAGUGCAAGAUGGAAAAUAGUUGUUGGUCACCAUGCAAUAAGAAGUAUUGGGCAUCAUGGUGAUAGUGUAGAACUAGCAAACCUCCUUGUCCCACUACUUAAGGCCAACAAUGUUGACAUGUACAUGAAUGGUCAUGACCAUUGUCUCCAACAUAUAAGCAGCAUAAAUAGCUCACUUUUGUAUUUAACGAGUGGAGCUGGUUCCAAGGCAUGGAGAGGCGAUGUUAAAGAAAGUCAUGCUGAUGUAAAAUUCUUUUAUGAUGGUCAAGGUUUCAUGUCUGUUAAAAUGACUGAAACUUAUGCAAAUUUUGCCUUCUACAAUGUCUUUGGUGACAAAAUACACCAUUGGAAAGUCACCAAACCCAUGAUGCAUUUUGUUUCAUGA